CCGGUUUGGAUAAUCCAUUUUAUAUUCUUGUGACCCAACUCCAUUUCUGAAUAUGGGCCUAACUGUGUUAUAUAGGUCGGCCCAUAUACUUGUUAACAUUCCUCACUAAUAAUUUAAAAGGCCCAUCUGCUUUACAUUUAUCUACUACAGGCACCGAAUCUCCGGCGAGUUUAACCUUGCGAUUCUCACCGUCUCCGUGACGUUUCGGCUAUUGUUCGUGUGAGAGAGAAGAGAAGAGAAGGAUUCAUCAUGAAGCUCUCUUUCUCUCUCCCUUCUAAAUCUAAGCCCAAAGUCACAGCAACCACCGCCGACGGUAACAACGCCGUCGAUGAUGGAACUAGUAAAGAGUUCGUCACCGAAUUCGAUCCAUCGAAAACCCUAGCUAAUUCCAUCCCCAAAUACGUUAUUCCUCCGAUUGAGAAUACAUGGAGACCUCACAAGAAGAUGAAGAAUCUCGAUCUACCUCUUCAAUCUGGUAACGCAGGUUCCGGACUCGAAUUCGAGCCUGAGGUUCCUUUACCUGGUACUGAGAAACCUGAUAAUAUCAGUUACGGUUUAAAUCUGCGUCAGAAAGUGAAGGAUGAUUCAAUUGGUGGUGAUGCGGUUGAAGAGCGGAAAGUAUCUAUGGGGGAGCAGCUUAUGUUACAGAGUUUGAGGAGAGAUCUGAUGUCACUUGCUGAUGAUCCGACUUUGGAGGAUUUUGAGAGUGUUCCUGUGGAUGGUUUCGGUGCUGCGUUGAUGGCUGGAUAUGGAUGGAAGCCAGGUAAGGGAAUAGGUAAGAAUGCUAAAGAAGAUGUUGAGAUUAAGGAGUAUAAAAAGUGGACUGCUAAGGAAGGGUUAGGUUUUGAUCCUGAUAGAUCUAAGGUUGUUGAUGUGAAGGCUAAAGUGAAGGAAAGUGUGAAACUUGAUAAGAAGGGAGUAGGUAUUAAUGGUGGGGAUGUGUUUUUUGUUGGGAAAGAAGUGAGGAUUAUUGCAGGGAGAGAUGUAGGAUUGAAGGGUAAGAUUGUGGAGAAACCUGGUAGUGAUUUUUUUGUUAUAAAGAUCUCUGGAAGUGAAGAGGAAGUGAAAGUGGGUGUGAAUGAGGUUGCUGAUUUGGGUUCUAAGGAAGAGGAAAAGUGUUUGAAGAAGUUGAAAGAUUUGCAGUUAAAUGAUAGGGAGAAGGAUAAGAAAACGAGUGGAAGAGGUAGAGGAGCAGAGAGAGGGAGUCGAAGUGAAGUUAGAGCCAGUGAGAAGCAAGAUAGAGGUCAAACAAGAGAGAGGAAAGUGAAGCCUUCAUGGCUUAGGAGUCAUAUAAAGGUGCGAAUAGUAAGCAAAGAUUGGAAGGGUGGGAGAUUGUAUCUUAAGAAAGGGAAGGUUGUUGAUGUUGUUGGACCAACAACUUGUGAUAUCACGAUGGAUGAGACGCAAGAGUUGGUUCAAGGGGUGGAUCAGGAGUUGCUUGAGACGGCAUUGCCUAGACGAGGAGGGCCGGUUUUGGUUUUAUCGGGGAAGCAUAAGGGUGUCUAUGGAAAUCUGGUUGAGAAAGAUUUGGAUAAAGAAACUGGUGUGGUUCGUGAUUUAGACAACCACAAGAUGCUUGAUGUUAGGCUUGACCAAGUUGCUGAGUACAUGGGUGAUAUGGAUGAUAUUGAAUACUAAAACUCUAUGGUGAACUGAAGCUGCUAAGUUUCAAGGUAUUGCAACUAGCUCAUUUCCUUGUUUAGUUUUCUUGCAACUUUGAGUUGACGAGGUGUUUUUGGAGUUUCGUAUGUGUUAUCUGCGAGCUUUUAAAACUAAACAAGCUUGAUUUAGCUUCUCUUUUAUGUGCUUCUGUCAUAAUGUUCUUGCAUAUUCAUGUUGGGGAGAGCUUUGGAGAAGUUGGUUAUCUCCAUUUAUGAUUCCUUGUAAUUGAUGUACUAUGCAUGUGAACUUGUAUGCAAAGUGGGUAGAACUCUGUAUUAAAACAAAACGAGCUUGGAAUUUCUUCUUGUAUGUGUGAUUCUUGGCAAAAAAGAAUUGAAAAGUUCAAACGAAGGAAUGAAUUUGAUGACGAACUCCCAAAUGUUGCCGUCAGCCACAAAGUUAUUCUCGUC